AUGAAGACUACACAAGCCUUGUCUACUCUCUUCCUCGCCGGUCUCUCGGCCGCUGUCCCCGUGUGGCCGGACUACUCUCUGACCGGUCUCUCCUCGCUGCUGCCAACCGGUUCAAGCCUAACCGGAUCGGCUGACGCUGCCGCAUCCAGCAGCUCGGCUACCGCAGCUAGCGGCUGCACGGCCUACACGGUGCUUUUCGCCCGCGGCACCACCGAGACCGGUACCCUCGGCACCGUCGUGGGUCCCGGCCUCCAGAAGGCCGUCCAGUCGUCACUCGGCGCGGACCAGGUCACCAUGAAGGGUACCAGCUACCCCGCCGACAUGGCCGGCAUCACCUCGGAGGCGACCGGUUCGGGCCCGGGCUCCAAGGCCAUGACCGCCGACGCCACGAGCGUCUUGUCCAGCUGCCCCGACACCAAGAUCAUCUUGACCGGCUACAGCCAGGGCGGCAUGGUUGUGCACAAUGCCGCCAAGCAGAUCAAGGCGGCUGGAAAGUCGGUCAUUGGCGCCGUCACCUUUGGCGACCCGUAUGUCGGACAGCUGCCCACGGGCGUCGAUGCGGCUCACUUUGAUUCCUUCUGCGCCAGUGGCGAUUCUGUCUGUGGAGCUGGAUCGUACGGCUGCGCCGCCAGUGGUGGCUGCAAGUCCAGCAGCACAAGCGGUCAUCUCGGCUACGGCUCUGAUGUCAAUGCUGCCGCCGCUUUCAUCAAGUCCAUUGCUGUUUAA